AUGAAUCUCAGUCUGAUCAUUUUCAUGCUCUCCGCGCUGGCCUCUCUGGCGCUCGCCAGGCCAAUCGUCAACGACACACCAGGGCUCCGCCAUGCCUCGAGCGGGGUCCAUCACGGCCAAGGAGGCUCAAACAGGGCGUUCAUCUGGGUGAAGUCAUCGACCCACGGUGAGGGGCUGGGAGUAAUGGAAUUGUGGAUUGGCUGCUCGGGAACGUGUCGGGGCCUACUGCGUGACCAGAAAGACAAGCAGGCGGAUAGUCAAGCGGAGAUUCUGUGGGGCGGGAGGACUGGGUAUCCCCUGUGUAACUGGACGUUUUGUGUCGCCCGUGUGAGAUCUGGUCGGUGUGUGAGAUUCAAUUCAAUUCAAUUCAUGUUCCAUUACCCUAAGGAGCCUCGUGAGAGUCUCAGCCCGCCUAUUGCGGCUCAGCUAUGA